AUCAGGAUCAGGGCACGCACAACCUGGAGCCGCCAGACCACGUGACUCUCCGGGCUCAAUAAAACUGUGAAACCCCGCGGCUGAUCAACAACACUGGCACGAUGCGUUCAACUUGGAAAGGUGUGAUGGUGGGAGGCUGGCUGCUGCUGCUGGCUCUGCUCUGUGCCACAGUCUGGGCUCAGUUUGACUCCACACUGGACCAGCACUGGGACCUGUGGAAGAAGACUUACCAAAAGAGCUACAAGAAUCAGGCGGAGGAGCUGGGCCGCAGAGCAUUGUGGGAGAAAAACCUGAAGCAAAUCAACAUUCACAACCUGGAGGCGUCUAUGGGCCUUCACACCUACACUAUGGCAGUGAACCACAUGUCUGACCUGACUAAGGAGGAAAUGCUUAGAAUAUAUGCCCCUCUGAAGCUUCCCAAGGACUUUAAGAUGACACCGACCCCUCUCCAAGAAACAGAUGUGGAUGUACCAGACACUGUGGACUGGAGACAAUCUGGCUUAGUGACUAGUGUAAAAGAUCAGGGCAGCUGUGGGUCGUGCUGGGCCUUCAGUACUGCGGGGGCACUGGAGGGUCUGUUAGCCAAAACCACAGGGAAGCUGGUCGACCUCAGCCCCCAGAACCUGGUGGAUUGUUCAGGGAAAUAUGGAACGCAAGGAUGCAACGGUGGAUGGCCUCACCAAGCCCUCCAGUAUGUCAUUGACAAUCAAGGCAUUGAUUCUGAAGCUUCCUACCGCUAUAAGGGAAAGGAUGGCUCCUGUCGCUACUACCCUGCAUCCAGAGCGGCUAACUGUUCAGCAUACUACUAUGUGGACAAGGAUGAGCUCUCUCUUAAGCAAGCAGUUGCUACCAUCGGGCCAAUUGUAAUAGUGUUGGAUGCCAGUGACAUUUUUAACUACGAAUCUGGUGUGUACUACAACCCGUCCUGUGGAAGGUUGACGAACCACGCAAUGCUGCUUAUAGGCUAUGGCACUGAUGACACUACAGGACUGGACUACUGGCUGAUCAAAAACAGCUGGGACGAACGAUGGGGGGAAAGAGGCUACAUCAGAAUGGCACGUAACAAGGACCAGAUGUGUGGCAUCUCAAUGUAUGCAGUCUAUCCUUUGUAAACCUCACAGUGAACAAAAUAUGUUUUUAAGGUUUUCAAUUUUUUAAAUCAUUUAUAAUAUAUCAAACUAUGCCAAAUAUGGCCCACUUUUUCUUAGCCAUCAGGCUUCCUUGUGAAUUGGCCCAAAUGACCAAAAAGAGCACUUUUUACUAUAAGUUUUAAAGAUUUGUUUUUAUAAACUCAAUAUCAAACACUAAAUGUGUCUUACUGAGGUUGUAAGUCUUCCUAAAGAUCUUAAUUGUUGACUACUGAACAGUUUAUUGAACCCUUGGUGACUGUUUCAUGUAUUUACAUCACUGACUUAUUGUAAUAAAGCGUUGAUAAAAUAUGCACAUCAUAAUAAUCCAUCAAUAAUCUGUGAGAAGUAUGCCAUUUCAUUUAGGAUGUUUUUAUUUUGCCACCUCAAAAGUGUGCUCUUUGUUUGUUUUAAUAAAGAAAUUUAAUU